UGUUUGAGGACAGCCAUAUCCAGGGAACUGCUGCUUUUGAUCGCUAUGAAGAGAAAGUUGAUGCUGCUGUGAGAACUGAAUCUGUUGCUGUUGGUGUUUCGAAGGUUUAAUGACAUGAAGAUUUAGGGUGCGUAUGUAGUGGUGUAAGGGGGGAACGUGUAUGAGCGUAUGAUUAUGCAUGUCUGUUGUAUAAACGAUUGUGGGGUUGUUGGGUAUCAUUUUGAUCGAACUUCUUAUCAUGAAAGACUCUACGAUUCGAUUUGUGUGGUGGAGCAAUGCAAUGCAAUGCAAUGCAGACGCGAGUGUCUAUGCACGUUAUUCUAUGUACAGUAUAGCACUCGUCCAACCUGAUUGAACUCCACAAGUAAGGGUACUGCGAGGGCGGGGCAUUAUGCCGCGGACAUAGAUACCCUCUCUCUUCUGAAAUUUUUCUGGUUUCUCUCAACAGAUCCGUCUCACCUCCCUCAACCAUUAUGUAUACGGAACCUGAUCACGAUGCCCUCGUCGAAAGAUCCAAGGGAUUAAUGCGAUGCAAAUUCAACGAAGAGAUCGACUUGAUACCAACAUACAAGGCCUCCCCUUUAGAACACCAAAGAGCAGAAGAAGCCGCAAUCGCUGCGCGAAAAUCAUGUCGCGAACUAGCUAGCGAGUUCCACGCCGUCUUACCAAGAGAGCUGCGAUACAUGAGCAUACGCACCGGAUGGUUCGACUCGCAGUGGAGCGAGGGUGUUGAGGCACUUGAUGUUUCGGGUGAAAGUCUUCACAUGCAACCUAAGUCCUGGGCCAUGGAUCCAGCAUACUUCGGAGAGCACGUAGCACAAGAACUCACAGAGUCGUAUUACAAUAUCAACAGUUUCUACAUCACAUCCGCUCAAGAGACGAGCAAGUUGUUCCGCGCCGAUCCGUUCAAGCUCGGAACGAGGCCGUAUCAGUUCAUCCGCAAGUUCAUGCUCGCGCUCAACCUCUGCGAGGCUGAACUGCAAAGCGAGGAUGAAUUGGCGACUAUUCGUAAACAUCUCCAAGACUUCGAGCUUCUGCCUGCGAAACGCAAACACGAGAUUUGCAUCCGCCUUGAGACAUCUUUCCAGCUUGGGCAGAUUUUACUUGGUGGAUCUCGAUUUCGCUAUCCCUACGAUAUGGAACAUGAGCGAGUUAUACUCAAUGUCCUCGAGUCGAUCAGACGGCCUGUGUAUGAUCUCAUACACAGAGGCAAGUCGAUCAGGGUUUUUCAAGUAAACCUGGAUGAAAUGUGUACACCGAGACAGAGAACAAAUGAUGAUUGUGAAGCCCUAGUGGUGGCCGCCUCGUCGAUUCUCCAGCAUGACGGAAGAGUAAUGGCGAAAGGGAUGAAGAAAGCAAGGAAGAUGAGGAAGCAACCAACGAAGAAAGCGACGAGGACGAGGAAGAAACAGAUGGAGAAGGCGACAAAGACGAAGGACCAGAAGAUGAGCGCUACGACUGGGAAAUUCCUGUUCAAGCGAGAUCAGACUCUAGACAUGGGGAUCAAGCUCAAGGUGCGCGAAGCCCUGAAAAUGCGAUGGGAGGAAUCGGGUGCUUUGAAUCGCUUUAGCCACCGCAAUAUUUAG